AGGGUCACGCAUCGAGCCCGUCAUUAAGACAUUUGCUGUACAAUAGAAACGCGCAUGCACUACCAUCUAUCAUUUUUCUGUAGAAUAUAUGUUUUCAUCAACAUCUAGGCACCAUUUGAUCUCGCUCCGCGCAUUUUGUGUAUGAUUUUUGUGCAGUACUACUAUCACCAUCUUCCACCCAUCUUCCACUGACUUUUGAGAACAACGAUGACGAACCCAACUUUUGACCUUUUGGCGCAGCCAAAGCUAGACCGGCGCGACCUGAUCGGGCGGCUCUACUUUGAGCACGGCUGCGACAACAGCUUUGGCACCUUCGCGACGGAUUUUCUGAAUGCCGCCGUGCAAAUUUUCCUGACCUACUGGUUUUUAUCCCGCGCGCGAUGGACGAUCGGGAAUAUAAUAUCGCCAACCGCCGAGAUCAUGGAGGGGAAACAAGAUUCGCAGUCCUACACGGCGCGGCGACUACAGCAGCUCCUGCAGAGCUCGCAGAUGAACCUCUUUCUCUUAUCAAAGUGAAAAAAGCCCCCACCCCAUAUCGGAAGCGGAAGAUGCGCGAAUUUGUGAUACUGUAUUUGAGUACACAAAUCGACUUGUAUUGCUAGUAGAAGGCCAAGAGACGAAGCUGCGGCCUGAAUUGCAGGGAAUCUGUCAUGCUGUUUCCCACUUCCUGUUGCCUCCUGUCAUCCUGGAGCUGCAAGGCUUUCCCACGCUAGGCAGCACUACAGUCCGCAUCUUUUGCCUUCUAGCAUCACAAAGCUGUUUUGUGACCACAAAUCUGCAUCACAGAUUUCCGUUUUGAUAUGGGGAGGGGGCAUUUUUCAUUGUAAUAUCUCUACGAACUGUCUUGGUACAGUAUCGCGCUCGGCACCUUUUUCGGCGGAGUGCUGCACCUGCUGUGCACGUCUGACGACCCGGCCGAACGGCCGAUAGACCACCUGCUUUGGUCCGCAACCGGGUUUUUAUGCCUCGCGGGGUCGGCCUUCCUGUGCCUGCUUGCUUGCCGGAUGCGGCGCGAGCUGCUGUCGCAAGACGUGAACACUCCCAUGGUGGAGCAAGGAACAUCAAGAAUUAUCACCGGGGAAUUCGGAGCACCGGGCUCUUCGAGCAGAAACGUAGUUCUAGCAGGCCCUAACAGUACAACUGGCCCUGAAAUAGCACUGAGUUCGCGAGCGAGCGUUGCGGGUCCGUCCAGAAGUAGCACUUCGGCAUCAACGAGGGGAAGCAAGAAGAGCCCGCUACGCGACCACGACCAGCAUGCAAAAGCGUUGGUGUUCCCUGGAAGCGAAGCGCAGCCUCUUCUGCAACGGGGGAAAGGGUUGAAUGGCCUGUGCGUGAGAGCAUUCACUGAAUAUUCCGAGGACCUGGUUAUCACGGUAACAACAAUUCUGCUGUGCCUCACGCACUUCGUUGUCGCGCUGCCAUUCUUGGUACUGGGGGGCUGCUACCUAUUCGCGUGGUUGCUGCUCGGCGGAGUCGUUGCAAGGUAUUGAUAGUCUGAGGUUCUGCAUUUUUUUUGUUUUGUCUUGUUUUGGCGAGUUUCUGUUUCAUAAAAAGAAAACCUUUGCACGUGAAUUGCUUUUCCACAAAAUAAACAGGUACACCAAAGCGUUCUGCGUAUGCGGCACCAACGCACCGCUGGUGUUUCUCUUCGGUCUCGUAGUCGCAAUUAGUGCCUUUGCAGUGCAGACGACACUCGGGCGCGCGUGCGGCGCCGCUUGGAUAGAAAACCCAACCGCAUGCGCUCUGCACCCAAUCAUGCCGCACGUGAAUCACAACGCGCUCAGUCACUUCGUCUUCCUUAUCAAAUGUAAAAAUGUCUGGGUCUCCUGGAAGAAUGCGCGACUUGUCAUGCAGCGUUUCCAUGAUCCAUGAGGCCUGGAAUGCAGGGCCUAGCAUGAUAGAUUCUGUGCGAUCUCUCUCAUGCCUAUCCUGCAUGAGAAACUCCCUCGCGGCAACUUGGUCAAAACUGGACGACUUUUGGUAAUCAUGCAACACAGAUUUUUGCAUGCUUCAGGUUCCAGGGUUCAGAGUUAGCAUGACAAGUUGCAUUCUUCCAGACCCAGACAUUUUUACAUUUGAUAUUCCUUUUCGCGACACCAUUUCUGAUCGUCGGCGGUUCCAGAAUAUUUGGGAAAAACGCAACUGCGUCGCCGGCGCUGUCCUGACAAACACAGUUCUUGCAGACCUAACAACCACGGCCGAAUUUGAUGAUGGACAAUCUUUUCACCAGCGACAUAAUUUCUACGCACAAAAGCCUCGGAUAGGCGGCUGCUUCCGGGGAUAUCGAAAUCAUUAGAUUUUGUUUGCGCGAGGACUGAGUUCUUUUUUGCGAAUUUUCAAGUGCUUCGAAAGAAGAGAAUUUUUACGCUACACGGAC